AUUAACCGCUGGUCCCGAUAGAGCCGUGAGGUUGGUCUGUGUUGUUAAUAUUAGGAGUGUUCUGAAUGCAGCCUAAGUUUUUCAGUUGCGUUUCCGGACAACCUUUAGUUAAACACGGUUGCGCACGAGAAAAUUGUGACUUUGUAGUUCAUAAAAAAUGUUGCACAUAGAUUAAUCACACGGUGCUGUCUCAUUUAGAAAGCAAGUUCGUUACCAGGACGUGUCGUUUUCAGACCAUUUUUGGUGCAACAUGCUCAGACAGUAAAUUCCACAGAUCAACUCAGAAAUGUCUCUGCCAAACAUCACUCGUCUCCCUCAUUUGAGGCUGCUGAGCUCCAUCCAUCACCAGCAGCUCCUGCUCCCCUUCAUCCCUCCUCUCUCUGUGCCCAGAAGAACUGUGAUUCAGGGUAACUACAGACGACCAGGCCAACCCAAAGAUGACAGGCUCCCAUGGGAGAAGAUCAACUUCAACUUCUCAAAGGGUUUAGAGGGGAUUAAAAAGCAGUUCACACUGCUGAAAAAAGAGUUCACUGACCGCUGGGUUGGUCCGGAGGGUAAACCCAUCCUUGACCAUAUGCUGGAGCAGAACCAAGUGGUGUGGGAGUUCAGAGGUCCAGAGAGCCUGGAGCAGUGGACAGUGUCCUCAGAUAGUGAGAUAGGAGGCCAGAGUGAAGUUUACCUGAAGAUUGGCAAAAACAAUAACACUUGCUUGCUGUAUGGGACUUUGAGCUCCACUCCUCCAAAGGAUGGAGAAACUCGCUACAGUGGCUACUGCACCAUGAGGUCAAAGCAACCACUGGCUUCAUUUGACAGAAAGAAACAUUUUGACUGGUCCAAUUUCAACACAUUACAUCUGCGUGUGCGUGGUGAUGGUCGUCCAUGGAUGAUAAACAUCACUGCAGCAACAUACUUUAGUCAUCACAGAGAUGACAUGUACAGUUAUUUUCUAUAUACCCGGGGAGGACCCUACUGGCAAGAUGUCAAGAUACCAUUCUCCAAGUUCUUCCUAACACAUCGUGGGAGGAUACAAGACAAUCAGCAUCCCCUAUGGCUUGACAAGAUUAACAACAUUGGGUUUACUUUGGGAGAUAAGGUAGACGGUCCAUUUCAACUGGAGAUCGAUUACAUUGGUGUGUGCAAAGAUUAUGCACACACUGAGGAGUUUGCCUACGAGUUGUACCAGGGGAAACAAUCCUCUUAAGAGCAGCUCUACAGGGCUGCAGAACUGUCAAAAUACAGAUAUUCUGAAUCCCAUUUGUCACUGGGUAAAUAUUUAUUCAAUGAUUUCAGUUCUUGACAUUUGUGCUUCAAUAAAUUUCGUAAAUAAACCAGAUGGAUUCUGAUUUUCACAGAACCACAUCAUGACAGUACACUUGUAAAAAGGCUACAGUGCAAAACAGAGUAAAAAAACACCAAGAAUGCAGACAAGUAAAUCUUUUCCAUCGUCUUUAUCUCUUUCAUGAAAUAGUAAAAAAAAAAAAAAAAAA